AUGACUGACGAGCGUCGGCCGUCAACCGCUCGUGGCAGCAAGAGUCCGUACCCGGCAAAGCGCGCGCUCGCGUUCGGCAGUCCAUCGUCUUCCACCGCCGUGAGCCUUCUCCCGCCUCGUCUCUCGCCAGUCCAUCAAAAGAAACGAGCGCCUACUGACGCUACUGAUGCUGCUCGUACUGCCUUGACCUUCUUGCAGAGUGCACGGGACCGCAACGUGCCAGUCCGCUACGGCAAGUGGAGUCGCCAAGAAGACGCGUACUUGGAGAAGCUCCUGACGCUCUUCCAAGACGGUGUCCUCGCUAACGUGAAGGCCAAGACGUCACUCCGCUCGUGGCUCGCGCACAUGCUCAACUGCUGUCCCAUGCGCAUCUCCAAGAAGCAAAUGCACGGCCGCCAGUUCGAAGGCAAAGCCAAGUACAAGCGCCAGAGCAGCAACGUCGACAGCAUGACGCAGACGCAGUACGAGCGCUUGUGUACCGAGCUCUGGCACGCACGCGCCGAAUUCCUCAAAGCGUGGGCCAAAGACGAGUACGCGAGACGCAGUGCCAAGCUCCGACGAUCAACAGACGCGACGUUGACGGACUGGUACGACAACGUCUUGCGCCUCGUGCCGACGCCCGCGAUUGCAAAACGGUCGAGUGUCGUCGAGUACACAGACAAGCGGAUGCCGCCCACGUCUCUAGAGGAGCUGCGCCAGGAGAUGCAGAUGGAUGCAAAACGACAGCAAGUCGGGAUGCGCGUGGAGAUUCGAGCGACGACGGCAGUUGAACCACAGGCGCGACCACGACCACCAUCGCCAUUACUACUGACACAGCCAGAGCCACUAGAUGUACUGGACGAGCCAUGGCAAGUUCCGGCGCUUCAGGUCGAGCCAUCGACCGCAGUUGUGACAGCUCUGCCUACUGCCUACUGCACGGACGACAGCGACACAAUCAAGAUGGGCCAGUACUGGCUCCAAGACUUGGACGACCGGCAACGUGCUGCCCUCUGGACUGCUGACAGCUGCAAGAGUCAAGAGCAUACGCACAAGACGUUAAGGGAAGACGAGGCGCACGUGUCGACAGCGCAGCAGAACGCCGAGCUCUUGAUGUCGUGUGGCGCGUCGCGAGUUUUUGUCGAUUUUGGUGCACCGAGUUGCUGGUACACGGGGGAAGAGCCAAAAUCGGCGCGAAGUGGCAACUGGAUGGACAAUCACGACCUGGCUUCGGACGACCUCGCAAUGAGUCUCGAGCCCCAUGAUGUCUUUGACUGGGGCGGGUCGUCUCCAGUUGCGUCGAUGGCGCUAGGUCCGACACUACCAUUCCUGUAA